CGCACCAAUUUCAGUACAAAAACUAUAAUCAAACGUUCAACUUCCGCGGAAAACACGUGUCUCGAGCAGCCGCUGCCACCGACGCCAUCAUUUCCGUCGUUUUCUAAGUGUAGUCAUUCGCAAUCUUCCGCAGCAUAAACAUGCAGAUCAGUGCUAGCCAACUGGCCCUGCUGGUGAUGAUGGUGAUGGUUUCCUGCCUCGGACUGACGCUGUCCGCCGUUGACUAUUGCGAUCCGGUUACCUGCAGCAAUGGACGGCCGCACAUCGGAUGCAACGCGACGGAUGAUUUUGGUGAUGCCUGUCCUGCGAACGUGGAACUGGUGCCGAUGGACGACAAAAUGAAGGACUUGAUUAUGAAUCUGCACAACAGUUUGCGCAGUGAACUGGCCAACGGCAGCAUGGAGGGGUUCGAUCCCGCCGAACGGAUGCCCGUUUUGGAGUGGAACGACGAGCUGGCAAAGCUGGCCGAAUACAAUACCCGCACCUGUUUGUACUCGCACGACGAAUGCCGGGCGACGGAGAAGUAUCGCUUCGCCGGACAGAAUAUCGCCCGAAAGUCCAAACCGAACAACAUCACCGUCGAGGUCACGCGUGCUAUCUCCGAUCUGACCAACAAAUGGUGGCAGGAGUAUGUCGAUACGAACCAAACCGUAAUGGACUCCUACCGGAAGGUGGGCGAGGGAGUGCAUAUCGGACAUUUCGCUCUGAUGGCUAGCGAUCGGAUUACCAGGGUUGGUUGUGCCGCGACCAAGUACUACAAUCCGGACAACAAGCGUAACUACGUGUACUACGUUUGCAACUAUUCGUUCACUAAUGUGCUCGGCAAGCCAGUCUACCGGAAGGGCAAACCGUGCUCCAAGUGUGAUAACUGCAGCAAAAAAUACCCGGGACUGUGCGAGGGUAUUGGCGAUGCAAUCGAUAAGGAUCUUUGAGUGGCUCGCGAUGGAGGCUUUUGCGAAUUGAUAGAUGUAGGUUAAUAAAAGUGAUAUUUGCUGCACUACUGAA